AUGAACACCAAGUUAGGGUGGACAGCUAUUGGAAGAUCAGGAAUUAAUAAAAAUGAUAGUCCCAGCACUCUAAUGUCGCUACUUGUCAACGACGUAAAUAUAUCCGAUCUUUGGAGGCUUGAUACAUUGAAUAUCAAUGACCCUGCGGAAACUCAAAGUAGAAAAGAACUAGAAGAAGCGGCUAAGGAACAUUUUGAACGCAGUGUAACACGAGAUAACGAGGGGCGCUACAUUGUCAGUCUACCGUGGAUACAUGAUCAUCCACCUCUUCCUGAUGGCAGAAAGAUAGCUGAACGAAGACUUAACAGUUGUAUUAAAGCCUUAGAACGUGCCGAAACGCUGGCCGAUUAUGAUGAUGUUUUUCAGGAUUGGCAGAAUGAGGGUAUUAUUGAAGAAGUUGAUCCUAUGCAAGAAAUCAAAGAAGGACAGCAUUUCUUACCUCACCAUCCUGUCUUCAAGGAGAAUUCGACGACCAAAGUUUGA